AUGACCGGCCCAUUCCAGCUCCGGUGUUUCGCAGCGCCGAUACUGCUCAUCGUCGCCAGCAGCGUCUGUGGCAGUAACUUUUCGGAUGACUACGCAAAAUACACGGAAAUCUGGAGCAAGAUUUCACAGCCCGGCUUUGACGGCAUCGAGAAGAUGAGGAAGCUCGCUGAUACGGCCGACUCGAUUCUCGGAUUGGCCGGUACCCUCGUGCAGGGCGCCUGGAAUAUCACCACCGAUGACGUGAGUAACGAUAACCAAGAUCAGGGU